CCUUUCGGACCUGCUAAGGAGACUACCGCGUCUGGCGCCCGCCUCUCGUUCCGCUUCCCUUCCCGCCCCUCAAGCUCAAAACCGAGAAUCGAAACUGUGCUGUGAUCCAUGCAGCAGGAGCCUGCACCCGCCAGAUCUCCGGGUCCCCAGCAAGACCCCGCACUGCCCCAUACGCCCACAAUGCCUCCCCCGGAGUCCGUCCCCGAAGGCCAUCAGCCCAGCCCCAGCCCCGCGGAGCAAGCCCUGGAAGAGGAAUUCCAAUUCCUGCGCUGCCAGGCGUGCCAGGUAGAAGCCAAGUGCCCCAAGCUGCUGCCUUGUCUGCACACGCUGUGCUCGGGGUGCCUGGAGGCGCCAAACUUGAAGUGCCCGAUCUGCCAGCUGCCCGGGCCCUUAGGCGCUGACUCGCUGGUGCUGGAUAACGUCUUCUUCGAGAGUCUGCAGCGGCGCCUGUCGGUGUACAGGCAGAUCGUGGAUGUGCAGGCCGUUUGCAACCGCUGCAAAGAAUCCGCAGACUUCUGGUGUUUUGAGUGUGAGAAGCUCCUCUGUGCCAAGUGCUUCGAGGCGCACGAGUGGUUCGUCAAGCACGAGGUCCGGCCCCUGGCGGAGCUCCGCGGCCAGUCGGUGCGGGAGUUCCUCGAUGGCAUGCGCAGGUCCAACAACAUCUUCUGCUCCAACCCCAUCCACUGCCCCCCUAUGUUGACGAGCAUCUACUGCCGGGGCUGCUCCAAGCCACUGUGCUGCUCGUGCGCGCUCCUGGAUAACAUCCACAGCGAGCUCAAGUGCGACAUCAGCACCGAGAUCCAGAAGCGGCAGGAGGAGCUGGACGCCAUGGCGCAGGCGCUGCAGGAGCAGGACCGUGCUUUCGGGGAGGCGCAGGCGCGCAUGCGCUCGGCUGUCAGCCAGCUGGACCGCGCGCGCGCAGACACCGAAGAGCUGAUCCACACACGCGUGCGCCAACUAGUGUCGCACGUGCUGGCCCAGGAGCAAGCGCUGCUGGAGGGCGUGAGCGCGCAGUACCAGCGCAGCUACGAGGAGAUCGCGGGCCAGCUGGGCCACCUGGAAGCUGUGCUGCAGCGCAUCCGUUUGGGAGGUUCGCUGGUGCAGAGGAUGAAACGUUAUGCCUCUGACCAGGAGGUGCUGGACCUUCAUGGCUUCCUGCGGGAAGCGCUCGGCCGCCUGCGCCAGGAGGAGCCCCAGAACCUGCAGACCUCUGUGCGCACCGACAGCUUCGACGAAUUCAAAGUGCGCCUGCAGGAACUCGUCUCCUGCAUCACUCAGGGGACAGAUGCAACUCUACCCCGGCGAGCCAGCCCAGAGGCUGCCAACCCUUCCAGGGACUCUCUUGACAUUGACCUGCCAGAGGAGGUGCAGAGGGCUCUGGCAAAGGACUCGGAGCUGGCUGAGACCCAGACUAUGACUUUGGUCCAGCCGGUGCCUGGGGUGCACCCAGUGCCGGUUCACGCCUACUCCAUCAAAGACUCCUGCAGAGAGGAGGUCUGCAGCACAGUCCCACCCCAGAAGAGGAAGUCCUGCCAGACUGAGUGCCCCAGAAAGGCCAUCAAGAUGGAGUCUGAGGAGGAGAGGGAGAUACGGUUGGCCCAGAGCUCCCCAGAGCAGCCCAGGCCCAGCACCUCCAAGGCAGUCUCGCCGCCCCACCUGGAUGGGCCCUCCAGCCCCAAAGGCCCCACUGCAGGAAGCGAGGGCUUUCUGCCCAACAACAACCACGCAGCCGGCGACGCUGGUGAGGCAGGGAGCCCAGUGCCGGUGCCCGGGGUGCACGGAGCCCAUGGAGACCGCUGUACCGCACUCCUCGCCAGCCCACCCCCUGCAUCCCCUGUGUGUCGGGCUCUCAGCUGCCACCAGAGGAACGAGUCGUGGUGAUCAGCAGCUCGGAAGACUCAGAUGCUGAAAACUCGUGUGUCCUUUCCUGUGGUCUCAGCCAUGCCCGCGGCUGCUGAUGCCGGGCACCCUCGCUGCUAGACUAUGACAGAUAGCCCGUGGCCCUGCAAUGUCUGCGCUUGGUUGCCCCAUAGAGCCGUCACACUCGUCCGUGUGCUCCUCUCAGCCCACUACACUGCCAGCCCGGCUACAUGAGCGGAGGCCCCUCUCGAUCGUUCCUCAGUGCCCGUCAGUUUUUCAGUCUUAACCUUUCCAUAGUCUACGUUCCUCUGAACCCUGGGCACUUCUUUCUAUCCCGGAAACCCUCCCCCCCCCCAAAAAAAAAAGAACAGACCCGGGGCAGAGGUAGAAGCCUGGGAAGGAAACUGAGAAAGGAUGGCAAUGCCAGUGCUCGCCAGACUUCGCGAGAGUUGGGUACAGGCAUCGAAACCAGCAGUCUUGGGCGGGCAUCAGUCCAGCCUCAGCUGUCCGCAGGGAGGCGCUAGCUGAUGUCUGCAGUUAUUCAAGAAAGGAGGGGGAGGCUCAUUUUAGGUCGUGAAGAGUUAAAAUAAUUAGAAGCAGCCACUCACUUUUGGAGACCAGCUGUGGAGUCGGGGGAGAGCCCGAUGACCACUGCUUCUGUGUUGGUAUUCUUCGGACGGCAUGUUUUUUUGUUCUUUUUUUAAGAUUUUGUUAGAGAGAAAGCAGAAGCAGGGGGAGCAGCAGAUAGAGGGAGAGAGAGAAGCAGACUCCCCGCUGAGCAAGGAACCUGAUGUGGGACUCGAUCCCAGGACCCUGAGAUCAUGACUUGAGCCGAAGUGUCUUAACUUCGACACUUAACCAACUGAGCUACCGAGGUGUCCCUAGACAGCAUGUUUUCUAAAUUGACCAUCACGAGUCCCAGACUUUGUAAAACAUAUAUUUAAAAAGAAAACCAAUGAGGUCCCCUUCGUGCACGGCUCACCUACCUCCUGUGCCCCCUCCCAGUCCCUGGUGCUCCUAAUGUACCCGCAGCAAGUUGGGUGGGGAACAGGGCAUCCUUCGCCAGGUGCUCCAGGCUCCUGAAUACCCCCGAACUCCUGCUCUAUGGCCUUCAUCCCACCUGCCACGUGGGAAAGUUGGUCUACAAGGACAACACAUUUCCAAGCAUACGAGAUGCCUAAGGGCGCCCACCACAGGCUGCCGCUGUGUCAGUUGGCUGGAAUCUAGCAGGACACGCCUAGGGACUUCGAUGCAGGCCCAGCUGGGCGGGCAAAGCUCAGGGAGAUACUGCUUGUGCGAGAAGAGCCAUCUGGGAGCUAGAAGAGGCGGUGGAGAGGCCAGGCCAGGCCUGAUGGCAGACAACUGAACACAAGGGGGGUUCACAGUGCCUCUGCCAUGAUCCCCAGGUUAGGGUCCGAGGCAGGAAAAAAUAGAAUGCUCCCACCCACUCUUCUGACAGGUGACUGGCCCCAGUGUCCAGCAGGAACAGGACCAAGUGGAAGCAGGAGGGGGUGGUCCGUGACUGACGUGACAGUCGUGCCCAGCAGUAGAAGGGAGGCCUCUGGGAGACAGCCGAUCCAUGGGGAUGGAGUGGGAGGGCAGCAGGGGCCACAGGCUAGCGGACAGGAUGACCUAGCUCACAGCUAUGUGGGAGAUAUUUUGGGGCUUCCACACUUUGCAAGAGCUGGGGCUUUGUGUCUGCAUGAGAGAGCAAUACACAUAUCUUGCCAAACUGAUCCCACCUGUCGCUGAAGCUUGGGUGCUGAGAAAGUUCCUCAGGAGCUUGGAGACUCUUGAUAAGAAUGAAUGGCGGGUACAGUCUAGACAACCUCAGGUGGCCGGAAGCUAAGAGUCUGGCUCCUGUCGGAGUGGCUGCUGACCCGGCAUGGAGUGAAUCAGGAGGACAGUAGUUCUGAGCCCUGGAUGCACACUGGAGUCUUUGGGCCGGGAAUGGGGGGCUGGGGGGUGGUGGCAGCUGUUACCAAUGACAGAUUCCUGGGUCCCACCCCCAUGGACUGUAACUGAACUGGUCUAGGGUGCAACCCGGGCACCUGGAGUUGUCGAGAUCGCUAAUGCACGGCCAGAAAGGGGAGAACCCCAGAAUUGGGGAUUCGAUCGCACAUCUGUGAUUCACGUAUGUGUUAGCCUUGAACCGAGGUGACCCGUACAUCCUGGGAUACAAUUUGGCAGGGGAGAGGGGGACGCAGGGUCUUCCCCAGAGAAACCUCCUAUACUGGUGGAAAGUGAUGAAAAUGUCAAGCUGGCAUUUCCUGCGGGUAUGCUUGGUGCGGCCGGGAGGCCCGCUGUGUGGAUUUGGAACGCAGUUGUCACGCUGAGUUGAUAGGUGUUGGAGACCAGUGAACUGUAGAUCAUGAGCCGGACUGCAUGUGUGUCCUAGUUCCAGGUGUAUCCUGAAAACCUCGUGGGCUCCCCGUGUCUCCAUCUGAGCGCCAUUCUGCAGUCAAAGAAACACAGUCCAUUAACCGAGUAUAAUGAAGAAAUAAAACCUAGCGUGACCUUGCACUGCAAGCAGUAUCAAAGGGGCUUUGAUUCCCAGCCCAGCAGCGCAUCCUCAAGCCCUCUUCCUCUUUUCUUCAGCUCCCCUCUUGCCCACUCCCUAGUUCCUUGGAGCUUCUUCCUUCUCGCUUUCCAGGCUGUGCAUGUGAGCUCUCAUCUUCCCCGCUCCGUUUCCCAUUCCACCAUUCCUUUUCCCUUCCCAGCAGAUCUCAAGCCUUUUCCAACAAAAAGCCUCUUCCUGGCUUGUGUCUGGCUCUCUGCUACUAUCCCUCUAUGCUCCCCACCCGCACAACUCAGUUACCCGGACUGUGGACGGAAGCCCAGCAGUGGUGCUCCCUAGUGAGCAGGAAGGGGGCAGGAGGACGUCUACACCAGAGCCUCUCGUGCUGAUUGUCCUUCUGUUAAACCUGGGUUUCUAGAAACACCUUUUGCAAGCGCGCCGGUACCUCCUGGCCAUGUUGCUGGGAUUUAAGGCUGGGAGAGGGCUUGAGUGGAUGGGCCGGCUGGAGUUCAGUAGAAGGCAUUCUGGCGAGAUCAUUCCUGUGUCCCAGCUGCACUUGGCAAGAGUCCCCAAGGGUGAGGAAGAACUUGAAGAAGAGGCUGGGCUGGAAGUUCCAGCCUUCCCGCUGUUGACUGGCUCAGCAGAAGGGGAGCGUCCCUUCUUUAAGGGAGCCAGACGAAAGAUGUUGCACCACUGUAAGAGAAAAAUGACCCCAGGACAAUGGGAGGCCUUAAGAAUGAGAUUCUGAUGGCCAUCAUAAAUAACUCUGGUAUGAAGUUGGAUUUAGCCCAAAGACAGCUCUGCUGCUCUCCAGGGGAGCUCAAAUCUUGGAAGAGGAUUAUCCGAAAAGGUGACUAUGGCUCUAAGACCUAAGAAGUCAUUCCAGAAAGAAGGAGACAGGUGGAGGCACUCAGGGCCACUGCGCAGGCUUUUGCAAUUAUGUUGGGAGCAAAAAGAGGAAGGAAGAAGAGAAAGCUCGGUGUGCCAUGUUGGUGGGUGGCAGAGACGACUCAGGAAAAGAGACAGCUCUUCAGCUCUGGGGAGGACACAGCAAGAGGAGUCCAGCUCUUUCCACCAGCCCAAGGGCAAGAGCAAGGUCUGGAAGGCUGAAGAUUAAAAAACCUGGAUUUUUCCCUCGGGGGAGGAAUGCUCACCAGCCAGCAACUUGGAGGAGGACACCUAUAGAGGGCUCCUUAUAGGGAAGAAAGGGAGCUGGGACCAGGAGUCAGAAGACUCAGAGGCGAUGCAAGGCUUGCAGAAGAAGCCUUUGCUGCAUGGUGGAAUCAGGGAUAUGGGUGUGCCAGGCGUUUGACGAAGACUUUAAUCAGGACCUUAUGUGUAGAAUCCCCUCACUGCCAGGCUUCUGUAAGCAAGCCCGGCUCUAGACGGAUGCAUAGUAAAUGUCUCUUUCAAUCAGUGACCGGGAGGAAGUUGGUGAGCCUGGGGGUAGGGCUAUGAAAAGUAAAAAGAGU